AUGGAUGCCAAGCCUGCCACUUUCACCUUGGCCGCUGCGCCAGUUGCUUCUCCCGCAGCCUCCGCGAGCGCUUCCAAGCCCAAGCCAUGCUGCGUAUGCAAAGAGGAAAAGUCGAAGCGCGAUGAGUGCAUGCUCUUCUCAACGGCCAAGGAUCCCGCUGCCGACUGCAGAUCGCUCGUUGACCAAUACAAGAGCUGCAUGCAGGGCUUCGGAUUCACUGUGUAA